GCCACGGGAGCGCACAGAAGGCACGGAGCGCUGCGGGACAUAAAUCCACAGCCACUGUUCAGCCUCGCCUCGCUGGGGACUUAGCUCAAGUUAUCGAAUAAAUCUACAAGUUGCCUUUGAUGCUUUAAGGAGCUGACGAAUCCAGUUGAAAGACAAAGGGACGGAUAAGAUAAACUGAGGAACAUGUGGAGCUUUUUAACGCGCGGUGGGCAAGUUUUGUGCCACUUGCUGUUGUGGCACGAACGCGGUGUUUUUUUUAAAGCGCUCCCAGUUUGAGUAACUACUUCUUCGUUUUUUAAAAAAGACAUUAGUAUGAAGUCCUUUGAUAUGCCAUGUUUCCUGCGUUGUGUCCCCAUGCUCAGGAUUGCGACUCAUGGGAUGUAGUAAAUGGAGAGCUGCGUUCAACUUUGGACACCUGAAGGUGCAGUCCAAGCUGUCCGUCUUCUUUACCAUGAUCAUUCUCUUCACUUACCUCUUUUACUGCCUCAACGGAUACUGCGACUCACUGCCCAGGCCCGUGUUUGACCGACAAAUUAAUCUUCAGAGUAAAAAUAUCUUAAAUGAUGGACACGAACAGUCACCGGAGCAGCUCGGCGCGUAUAACGCGUCCCCGGUCUCGUUUGUCCGGGAACAGCUGUCGGACUUGUCGAACAGCGAUGCUCCAUCUAACAAUAUCUCUAUAGCCAAUAAUUUCGGCACCAAAAAGUUUCCUCAAGCCAUCAUCAUCGGGGUGAAGAAAGGUGGCACCCGGGCUCUGCUGGAGUUCCUGCGCAUCCACCCGGACGUGAGAGCCGUGGGCGCUGAGCCGCACUUCUUUGACCGCUUCUACGAUAAGGGACUGGAAUGGUACAGGAACCUGAUGCCUCGAACACUGGAGGGUCAGAUCACCAUGGAGAAAACCCCGAGCUACUUCAUCACCAAAGAAGCCCCUCGCCGCGUCUUCUCCAUGAGUCGCCACACCAAGCUCAUCGUGGUGGUUCGUGACCCUGUGACCCGGGCUGUUUCUGAUUACACCCAGACUCUGUCCAAAUCUCCCGGGCUCCCGUCCUUCCAGAACCUGGCCUUCCGCAAUGCCACCACAGGACUCAUCGACACGUCUUGGAGCGCCGUGCGCAUCGGCAUCUACGCCAAGCACCUAGAGAACUGGCUGCGCUUCUUCCCACUCUCACGCUUCCUUUUUGUGAGCGGCGAACGCCUCGUGACAGACCCAGCAGGAGAGAUGGGUCGGGUCCAGGACUUUCUAGGACUCAAACGCGUGGUGACAGACAAGCACUUCUAUUUCAACCAGACUAAAGGUUUCCCCUGCCUAAAGAAGCCAGAGGGGAGCAGCAGGCCACGCUGCCUGGGGAAGUCAAAGGGCAGGCCCCAUCCCCAGAUCCCCUCUGAGGUCUUGCUUAGGCUCAGAGACUUCUACAGACCCUUCAAUCUCAAGUUCUACCAAAUGACAGGCCACAAUUUUGGCUGGGACUGAGCGGCUACUCACCAGAGCUCCUAAAUACUUUUAGUUGCAUUCUUGUUUAGCCAACGUCCAAGACCAGACAGGGAUAUCUUGAAGACAUUUCAUGUUACCAAAGCUUUUACUGUGCAAAAUGUAAUUUUCUAAACUAUGAAUGCAGGAUCUGCCAACACAUAUUCCUGCCACCCCCCAGGUUUACAACAGGCAGGCUAACAAGGUUUAUGGGAGCUUCAAUCAAAACAAAAGCUCGUGAGAAGCACUGGUUGUGGCUCAUGCUCCUGCAGUGUGAUGUUGCAAGCCAGAUUGAAGCAUACUGCUUAUUUGCUUAAAACUGGAACUUCUAGCACUUGGCACCCAGAGUGCCAGAAGUAUGCUAAGCUCUCAUUUCUGUCCAAAACACUUAGAAGCGCAACGUCUAUGUUGAAAAUAACACCAGAAAGAAGCCAGUGCUGCUAAGAGAUGUGCCCAAAGUUAAACUAAAUGGCAAAAGAAUAACAAGCUUUGACAGCUGGGCAGAACUAUGAUAAACCAAAUGACAUGUUGGAGCUUAGAGUGGGACACAGGAGCUCUGCUACUAAACCAGCCAGGAAAUAAGCAAAGGGGUUUGAAUUCUGCACAAUGGUACAAUCUAAAUAAAUGCAAAUAUGUGUUGCUGAGACAUAAAUUAAUCAUUCAGAAUCACUUCAGUCACAUCAGCAUUGUUCAGUUCACCUUUAGACAGUGUAAGCAGUAACAGGAAGUUAUUUUUUCUUCGGUUCUUUCAGUGCAAGCUCCUUUUCUGGACUAUUUUAAUUUUGCAAAAAAUAAACGCUAUAGCAAAACAUAGGGGGAUACCUGGUACUAGUGCAAAGAGGUACCAGACUUGUAAAACAGUCCACUACAUGCUGUAAAAUUGCUGUUAUUUAUGUUGCCAGUACAAUGCUUGUAUAAAAUAUUCUUUACAGACCACACCUGUAUCUGUGAUUGUUUUCAUUUAACUCACACUCACCUCCACAAAUGGUACUUACAUGCAGCUGUAUAUUUCUAAAAGCCUAAUUUAUAAGAUGACAAACUAUUGUUGAGAUGUUUACUCUGAGACUUUUGUAUUUGAAAUUCUGCUGGAAAUUCCGAGUAAAACUUUUAUUCUGAAA